AUGAAGCCAAGAAAGAAGACGCGCCGUCUCACGUGUGAUGCUUUCCACGAGGAGGAGCUGGCGCAGAUGCAGCACAUCCACGAGUUGGUGCGCAACAAAGCUUCUUCACGUCGUCACACUUUUGACGUCACGGCGCCCGAGACAUUGAGGCUGCCCCCGCUCAGGCGGAGGAACGUGACCUUUUUCAUGCGGCCGUGCAGGACCCACACGACGCAGGUGCGGCACAGAGUUGCUUCUGUUGUGGAGUGGAAAGAUUCACUUCGCCGUGGCAUGCUGCGAGUGCCGCCAGACAAUCCGCAUCAUCGCCGCUGCAACACUCAUGAUCACACCUGUGAUGAGGUGAAUCAAGUGAAUGGUGUUAAAUGGACCCUGGCCAAGGAAACAGAAGAGAAUGUCGAUGCGAACAGCGACAGCGUGGCCUCGACGGUCAAGAGUUUAGUGGCCAACGACGUAAAUCCGAGGGAGCCGCAGCUAGAGGAUGUACUGAGGAGUGCUCUCGGGCAGCGUGCACUGGAAACCCUGCAACGCCUGUUUCUUCCUCGGUGGCGCCUCUACAUGCACCUCAUUGGGCGCAGUCGCAAGCCAGCGGUUGCCAAGGCCACUCCUCAGCGGCGCCGCAGUCCUGUACGGGAAGUGAUGAUUAAUGUCAUUCUCUUAUUUCUGCGCUCAGAACGGUUACUGCCGCUCGUUGAGUUUCGCCGCUGGAAGGCGGCAGUGACGAAAAUUCAGCGUGCAUUCCGGCAGUACAAGAAAUGCUUGGAGGCCCGUGUAGAACUUAACUACCUCAAGUUGCGUAGCGAUGUCGAGCAGCAGUAUUGGAUGGAUGUGGCGAAGUCGUGUGAGAGGGAAACGGAGGAGCUUGGCGUCAGGAACAAUAGCGUCAACGACUGCGAGUUGGACGUAGCGGACUUCUACUUGGCCGGGCCCCUCCCGGAGUCGAUGCUGCGGCGCGAGCUGCACACCGCCUUGCGUUGCCACCUCCGACGUACACUGGGAGCUGUUGUGUCGCAGCAGUCCUCGGUCUUCUUGCCCAUGUCGUCCUACUACGCCGUUCUUGACAACGCGUGCUAUAUCACCAGCGUGAUGCGCAACAGCCAAACGCUGCGCUCACACUUGUGCCGGCGGCCGAGACUGAUAUCGAUUUACUGA